CAUCAUCAACCUUCUUUGUUGCAGGUAGAGACGAUGACAGAGAAUAUGUCAGUGGCAGCGAUAGCGACAUUCGAGCGACAUUCGACGAGAACUGGCAAUCAUAUUUUUGCACCUUUUGUGUCCUGAGACAGAUAUAAAGACCUCUCAGCGCUCAGGGGGAUGGAGUGCAUCCGUCGAACAUCUGUUUUAUUUUCCCCGACCUCUCUAUACCCAUUCCACGAUCAUGGCUGUUACCUUGGAAAAAAAUCAAAUUUUACCGUCCCCAUUCACUUCCUGCACGUCCUAUAAAGAGCAUACCUUCCAAUAACUGUUCAACUCCCUUCCUCCACGCCUCAAAAAGAGUCAAUCCAAACCCCUCCAUUCACUUAGUUUCCUCACAUCCUUCGUACAACCAACUUUGCGUCAUACACUUCCCCCUCGUCCACCAGCUGUCGUCUCCUCCAUUCAUAGUUCAGAGUAUACAAUCUCACCGACCACCUCAAGCACAUCUGAUGCAGUCCAUAUCAAUCCCACGUGUUCGAAUGAUUCUGACCGAGCUUUCAGUGACUUUUCGGUCGUGGAGGGUGAAAACAGAGAGGAAAACAAGUCUUUAGUUCGCUUGCCUGUGAAAGGAGACAAAGAUGACGAAAGCAAUAGCGUACGUGCAACUUUGUCAGGUCGAGGAGUCGCAGAUGAACGUGUACCGUCCACCUUCUCCGCAAAAGCGCCCUUGAAGUCGGCAGAAAAUGCGGAUCUCUCGCAGCCACUCAAUCAAAGUCAAACAGAGCUACAGGAGCAAGCUAGUGAUGGCAUGGCUCUACCAGAUCAAGGUUUAUCACUACGCUGCAUGCCUGAAAUAGCAACAUCAGCACCAGUCCUCGAGGAUUCCACUCUGAGCGAUAUAGCGACGCUAUCUUCCGCAUCAGGAUCGCCUACAGUUAGUCCAGGGCAAACCCAGCAAACUUUGUCUACUAGCAUUCCUCAGCCAUUGGAUCCUCGUGAAAGCAGUUCGCCAAUUGAAAGCAUCGAGUCACAGGAUAUUCUGGAAGACUUCAUACUUGCUACCUUAUAUCUAUCCGAAGAAUUUUCGAAUUCGUUGCAGAAUGAAGCAGUAUGCAUUUCUAGCCCCCCGCCUCAACCAGUCGUGACUCCUGCUCUGUCUCAUUGCUUAGACCCGUUGCAGGGAUCACCUGACUGGUCAGCGUCUCAUGAUCAGUCUCACUGCGCGAGUCAGGUCGCCGAAGAUCGUGAUGUGUCUGUGUUUAACAAUGAGAACGAUGCAAAACAUGUUUUUAACAUUGAUAGAGACGAAUCAAGUGAAUACUCGCGUCCAGCGAAACGGUUGAAGAGGGGCCAUAUACUGGAUACGAUCUCAUCGACUUCUCAAGAAACAGUUCCACGGUUAUCCCCAGAGUCUCCGCUCACGAGACAGCCCGAGACGCCACAGCAAGAGGCGAAUCCGGAAAGCGAGUCAAUCCCCGUCCAAGGCUUUCUCAAACUACGAUAUAUUGGAUCCGAGGUCGUCUAUUGUCUAGAGUUAUCACAAUCCCAUGUUUCGUCAUUAUUUGCGGGCGGCCAAACGAAAGGUACUCGGCCAUCUCGACAGGAAGGCUUUUCUACAUUUAGAUCGCGAAAAUUCUCACCGGAAGAAGAUGCGUUUAUCGUGGAAUUGAAAAGCAAGAAUUAUAGCUGGGGCAUGAUUGAGGAUCGGUUUGCGCAACAAUUUCCAUACCGGAGUAAAGUGUCAUUGCAGGUGCACUAUUGUACAAAACUGAAAAAGUUGAAAGAAAAGACUCAAAUAUCUUCAACAACAGCGGUCCUGUUGUAAUGGAAUGUCAGUUAUCUUCAGGCAAGGGAAAGGAAGAUCCGAUUUCCAGUAGUGAGUCUGGUAUUCUUUGGCUUGACAACAAUCACAAUUCAGGAAGCUCUUCGAGAUACCAUGCGUCUUUGUUGACUGUGUUGUUCUCCUGGCCAAAUUCUUGAGAUUGACACCUCAGGUAGCUUUUUUGCUAAAUUAUACGACAUCUAGUGCCUUGAAGUUCAGUAAAGAGGUCUGGAUAUAUAUGUCGAUUCAUUCCUUAGCAACGCUUGUACAAGGGACUCAGCAUACUCUCCAGAGUCAGCUACGCUCGAAUAGAUGAUAAUUAUGUGUAAUGUUGUUACGAUAUAGCUACUCUGAAGAUGAGAUACUGAAUGAUAUUACGUAUCAGACGUGUC